UGGAGGAUCCUUGAACAAUAUCUACCGCUGAGUGUCGAUUGUGACCAAGAGCCCGCGGCUGGGGGCUAUGGCUGAUUGGUCCCGUCAUUUUCCGGCUACAGCGAUGUUCUUUUGAUGGCCAUUUUCUGGGUUGAUUGGGAAAUUGAUGGAGGAGAAUCGUCACCAUCGGAGAUAUACCAUGGAACUGGUGCAAAAACGCCUGGCCAACAAAAAUGCACGGAAAGACUUUCUGACCAAGAUAAUCGAGGCCCGGGAAUAUCCCAAUAUCUCAAACAUACAGAUUGCAGCGCAUUCAUCUUACUUCGUGAUUGCCGGUAGCGAGACAACUGCCACGACAUUAGCCUGCGUGACCUACUAUCUCUUGCGAAACCCGGACAUCCUAGACCGUUUGAAAAAAGAAAUCCGGACGGUGCUCAUUCGAUAUGAGGAUAUUGAUGCGGUGAACACCAAUUCUCUUUCCUAUCUGCGAGCAGUUACUCAGGAGCCAUGCGUGUUUCCCCCACUGCCAUUUGCAUCACCGCGUGUGGUCCCAGUUGGCGGCAGCACAGUGGAUGGUCAUUAUUUGCCUGGGGGUAGCAUUGUAUCCACGAGCCCACUCGCGGCCAGCAUGUCGCCUACCAAUUUAAGGAUCCAUGGGAUUUCAAUCCGGAACGAUGGUUGGGACAGAAUGUGACCGACAAUCUCGAGGCCAGUCAUUUAUUCUCGCUGGGCACACGGUCAUGCAUGGGUCGAAGGUAAAGAAUCCGUUGAUAUUUCGUCAUGUCGAAGGUGAUGAAAAUGAUUGAUAUUCUGUUGAUACGGUCCGGGUUGAUGGAGCUGCAAACUAUCAUGGCUAAGACGUUGUUUCGAUAUGCUUUUGAAAUGGUGAAUAAGUAACUGGAUUGUCAUCGGGAUUCACGGAUGCAUACUUUGUGGGAGAAGUCGUCCUUGCUGACGCGAGUGUUGCCUCG